GGGUGCUGGGAAAGACGAGCUUUGAAAUGGAGAGGAGCAAGGCCUUGGAAGCCUGGUGAGGGUUGUGUGGGUGUCACGUUCUCCACCACCUACCAUGGCAAUGAGGGAGUUAGUGGAGCCAGAGUGCGGGGGCUCUAAUCCUCUGAUGAAGCUGGCUAGCCACUUCACUCAGGACAAAGGCCUGCAACAAGAAGGACUCCAGGGCUCCCUAGCAUGGCCUCCCACUGGUCCAGUAGCAGAUGUGGUGCCCAAACCUCUUGGAAGAGCCACUGAAGAUGAUCUGGUGGCAGAGUUCCUUCAAGAGCAGAAUGGCCCCAUGCUCUCCCGUGGCCCACAAACAUUCAAGAUGGAUGAUCUGUUGGCUGAGAUGCAGGAAAUUGAGCAAUCUAAUUUCCGACAGGCCCCACAGAGAGCUCCAGGGGUGGCAGCGCUGGCUCUCUCAGAGAACUGGGCACAGGACUUCCUUGCUGCAUCUGAUCAUGCAGUUGAGGUUUCUGCAGAUUAUGAUGAUGCCGAUUGGUCCCAGGAGUUCAUUGCUGAGGUUACAGAUCCAUUAUCCGUAUCUCCUGCCAAAUGGGCAGAAGAGUAUUUGGAGCAGUCAGAGGAGAAGCUGUGGUUGGGUGAACCAGAAGAUCAGACCUCAGCUGAUAAGUGGUAUGAGGAAUACCAGCCUGAAGACGAUCUGAAAAAAACAGCUAAUGAUUUUCUUUCAAAAGUGGAUGAUCCCAAGCUGAAUGAUUCUGAGUUCCUAAAAUUUGUUCGCCAGAUUGGAGAUGGGAGGGUGUCCAUCGAGGCCGAUCGGGUGACCAUUAAUCCCAGGGACCAGGAUAAGGCAGAGCAAUGGGCAACUGAGUUUGUUCAGCAGCAGGAUACAUCUGAAGCCUGGGUAGAUCAGUACGCACACACUGGGAAUUCGCAGGACCUGGAUCUAGAAUUUGAGCAGGCCAAGACUGCCAUGGAGUCAGAUGUGGAUUUUUGGGACAAAUUGCAGGCUGAGUGGGAAGAGAUGGCCAAGCGAGAUGCAGAGUCUCAUCCUUGGCUAUCAGAGUACGAGGAUCUUGCCAGCUCCACUUACGACAAGGGAUAUCAGUUUGAAGAAGAUAACCCUGUACGGGACCACCCGCAUGCUUUUGAGGAGGGGCUGAGAUGUCUGAAGGAGGGACAUCUCCCCAAUGCUGUCUUAUUCUUUGAGGCUGCUGUGCAACAAAAGCCUGACCAUAUGGAGGCUUGGCAGUACCUGGGGACCACCCAAGCUGAGAAUGAACAAGAGCUUGCUGCAAUAAGUGCCCUCCGACAGUGCCUGGAGUUGCAGCCCGGAAACCUCACUGCACUCAUGGCUUUAGCUGUCAGUUUUACCAACGAAUCACUGCAAAAGCAGGCAUGUGAAACCUUGCGGGACUGGUUGCACCACAAACCGGCCUACGCUCAUCUGACGGGAAAAGAACCCGAUGGGGAGGAUUCUAGCCAAGGUCUAGGGACCUCCAAACGUGUUCUGGGUUCCCUCCUAACUGACUCACUUUUUCACGAGGUGAAGGAAUUGUUCUUGGCAGCUGUCCGUAGCAACCCCGAUGUGGUGGACCCUGAUGUGCAGUGUGGUCUGGGUGUUCUCUUCAACCUGAGUGGCGAGUAUGAGAAAGCUGUGGAUUGCUUCACUGCUGCCCUGAGCUCACGCCCAAAUGAUCAUCUCCUUUGGAACAAGUUGGGAGCUACCUUAGCCAACGGGAAUCGGAGUGAGGAAGCUGUAGCUGCUUACCGGCAGGCACUGGAAUUACAGCCGGGCUAUAUACGUUCUCGCUACAACCUAGGCAUUAGUUGUAUAAACUUAGGGGCCCAUAGAGAGGCUAUAGAACACUUCUUGGAAGCCUUGCAGAUGCAGCAGAAGAGUCGCGGGCCACGGGGCCAACAGGGAGCCAUGUCCGACAACAUCUGGAGCACCCUCCGUAUGGCCCUCUCCAUGCUGGGCCACAGCAACCUGUAUGAAGCAGCAGAUGCCCAUGACCUUCCUACCCUCCUACAGGCUUUUACUAUUCAGCAAUGACUCACUGAUGGGCUCCCCUGUGAAUGCAGGAGGAGCCCUUCUCCAUACCAGUCCCUUCUUUCUCUUCCCACCCAGACAGACAUGGCCGAGUCAGAGGCACCUCUCUGUUAAUUCUCAAGAUGUCCCUGAAAACAUACACCUAUUUUCUGUCUUCUUUUUAGGGAAGGCCACUGGUUUACAUGUUGUGCUGGAUCAUAUUUCUGUAAAAUUAAGCUUCCUAUGCAAAUCCAGCAAGGAACGGUACCUACUGUGUGCCUGUCCCAGCCUGCAAAAUUUAGUCUAGCAAAAAAA